UUAAGUUAGCGCAUAUAAAGUAAUAUAUAAUAAUCACCGGUACGUGUGAUUUCACCAUUUGAAAUCUGGUUGCGUUAAAUUACCGUAAGAGCCGGAUGUGAUGUGGCCGCCAGACAGCAAGCCAAAGAUAAACACGUAGCCCGACAAACAGGGGCGAGAAUUAGAGAUACCUGACAAAGGCAGCUGGAAACCCUCGAAAUGGAGUGACUGGCGGGGAGAUAGAUAUCUUAGAAAACGAGGAAACGCUUCAUAAACAAGACUUCCAGAUACAUUGGUUUGAAGCAGUGCUUGGAGGCCAAGAUGGUGCGUGCUGCAUUGGUAACGGCCACUAGUCUGGCAUUGACUGCUGCUGUGGUGGCUCAUGCCUACCUCCUCAAACACCAGUUCUAUCCAACUGUCGUCUACCUCACCAAAAGCAGCCCCAGCAUGGCGGUGUUGUACAUACAAGCGUUUGUAUUGGUGUUUCUUCUGGGAAAGUUCAUGAGGAAGGUGUUUUUUGGACAGCUGAGGGCUGCAGAAAUGGAGCAUCUCAUCGAGCGUUCUUGGUAUGCCGUGACGGAGACGUGCCUGGCUUUCACCGUGUUCAGGGAUGACUUUUCCCCUCGCUUUGUUGCCCUCUUUACCCUUCUGCUCUUCCUUAAGUGCUUCCACUGGUUGGCCGAGGACCGGGUGGACUUUAUGGAACGAAGUCCAAACAUAUCCUGGGUUUUUCACUUUAGAGUGUUAUCACUGAUGGGACUGCUGGCAGUCUUGGACUUCCUUUUUGUGCACCACGCCUGCCAAAGCAUCAUCACCCGUGGAGCCUCAGUCCAGCUUGUUUUUGGCUUUGAGUAUGCCAUCCUGUUGACCAUGGUGUUGACAACGUUUAUCAAGUACGUCCUGCAUACCGUUGAUCUGCAGAGUGAAAAUCCCUGGGACAACAAGGCCGUCUACAUGCUCUAUACGGAGCUUUUUACAGGUUUCAUCAAAGUGCUUCUGUACAUUGCCUUUAUGACAAUUAUGAUAAAAGUUCACACCUUCCCCCUUUUUGCUAUUCGACCCAUGUAUCUGGCUAUGAGACAAUUUAAGAAAGCCGUAACGGAUGCUAUCAUGUCUCGGAGAGCCAUCCGCAACAUGAAUACACUCUACCCUGAUGCUACACCCGAAGACCUGCAGGCCUCUGACAACGUUUGCAUCAUCUGUCGGGAGGAAAUGGUGACUGGAGCUAAGAAACUACCUUGUAAUCACAUCUUCCACUCUAGCUGCUUGCGUUCCUGGUUCCAGAGACAGCAAACGUGCCCCACCUGUCGCAUGGACGUCCUGCGGGCAUCCAGUAACAAUCAGAAUGCUACGCCUGCACAGGCUCCGCCCCCUGCGCCCGUUGCCCCUGCCCAUAACGCUGUCCCCCCAGCCAAUGUCGCUCCCGGCAUGUUGCCUGGCUUUCCCCCGGGCCUCUUCCCUUUCUGGGGUCCUUUCCCUCCAGCGCCUCCACCAGCAGCGCCCGGUGCUGCAGACGCUCCACAGAGUAGCACCGAGACAACCCAGGCAGCCGGUACCAGCCAGUCCACCUCUCCCAGUGCGGACGCAGCCUCAGCCGCCGCCCCUCCAGGCUCCGCAAUGCCAGGAUUCCCCUUCUCCAUGCCUCCUCCCUUCCCCAGUGCACCGUGGCUGCCCAUGCCGCCGCCGCCUCCUCCUUUUAUGUCGUCUAUGCCGCCUCCUCCUCCGUCUCUAGCACGCCUGUCAGAGGAGGAGCUGAGGGAGCUGGAGGCUGAGGGUCGACGGGGCCUGGAGGCCCGACUCCAGUGUCUCCAAAACAUCCACACCCUGCUGGACGCCGCCAUGCUUAACAUCCACCAUUACCUCAGCACCGUCGCCACGCUCACACCUCCAAGGGCAGACGGCAGCACGGCGUCAUUCCCCACUGCUGGUACCAGCACCAACCCAGAACCCAGCCAAGAGAAAAACUCCUCCCCCGGCUUGAGCACAGCCCAGACGGAAGACUCUUUGGCAGAUAAAACCGAUGAAGGAUCAGAGGAUGAAGAUGGCGAGCCCAAUGCCGCUGAGCUGAGGCGCCGGCGUCUUCGGAAGCUGGAAACGCCGUCGCCCGUGCCUCCAGACAACUGAUGGAACAGAUGGAGGCAAACGGAGCAACAGAAAGAUGACAGAUGACACGUUGGUGAUGCUUUCUGAGCCCCUCCCCUCUACGCCUCUCGCCUUCCGCAGGAUCCGCUUUGAGAGCACGUCAGGCUGCCGGGAUUUCUCACUCAUGUGACCGAUUCAUAGCAUGUUUUUGUUUCUUCUCUUCACGGUUUGGCCACACAAUAGUGGGCUGGGAGGACUGCAGGCACUUUUGAUGGACUUGGUGUAGAAGACUGGGUUAGAUUUUGGUGGUUUGCCUGAACUGUGAUAUUUUUUUCUUUAAUCAGCCAGCCUGGUAGGAAGCUUGUUACGCUGCACCGUGAUCUUUUCAGAUCUACAUGAAUGAAAGAGGAGGGUAGAAACUUCUUUUUCUUUGCACUUUGCAUCCUGUUUUUUUUUUCCAACUUGGCAAGUGCUGUAACAUACAGAUUUAUUUGAAUGUACAUACUGUAUAAAGAGUUUUAAUAGGAUGAAUUGUACAGAAAGAAUAAAAUGUGCGACUGA